AUGGCCAAAAAUGUAGACACAUUCAUCGCCUUUGGGGCGGACAUCUUCGCCCUGGAGCGGAUGAUGCGUCUCCUACAGGCCAUUGCCCUGAUCCUGACCUCCUACACCAGCCCCCUCGCGCUCCUGCAGCCGCCCUCGGCCGGCGCCGCUGCGCAGCACCUCGCCACGCGCGCCACGCUCCUCGCGCUGCAGGACUGGCUCAACGUGACGCGGCGCAGUCUGCGCACGUUUUGGUUCCUGCGCGCCUUUGACAGCAGCUACGCGCGGUUCCGCCGCCAGGCCGGCCCGCUCCUCGGCGCCGAGGCGCUGCUCGACGUCGUCGCCGGCUCGCUGCUCGGCGUCUUUGGCCUCCUCGAGACGGCGACGCUGCCAGACAUGCUGGGUAUCCCAGGCCUGGCCGUGUUCGGACCGGACGCGGCGCGGCGGCUCAACGAGCAGGCGCAGCUGUGCUGGCUGCUCGCGCUGCUGGCGGCGUUGCUUGCCGCGGGCGUCAGGGUGUGUCAGCUGUGGGCGGAGCGUGCGGUGCCGGCGGCGGCGGAUUUCGGCGAGGGGAAGGAGGCGGAGGAGGAGGAGGAGGAGGAGGAUGAGAAGGGUGGUAGAGAUGACCUGGUGAAGAAGAAGAAGAAGAAGAAGCGCGGAGUGCAGGAGAAGAGGAGACGGGACAAGGAGGAGGCGGCGAGGAAGACAAAGGCGGAGAUUGCGGCGCUGACGGUCAAGAUGGUCAAUGACACGCUGGACAUGGUUAUUCCGGCCAACUUUUGCGGUUGGUCCAACUUUCACCCGGGACAGGUUGGUGUUGCCAUGGCGAUUACGUCUUUGAUUACGCUACGCGGUCACUGGGAACGUUGUGGCAGGGCCGUACAAUAG